CAGUCGCACCUGACGCGCCAAGCAACGCGCACAACAACAUCAACAAGUGUUACAAACUUGCGAAAAGAAUCGCGUUCGAAUUUGACAAUUUGGACCAGCGAGUUCCCAGUGUUUUGUGCUUGUGGACCGAGUGAGUGUGUGAAGGAAAGUGAUUCCAGAGUAUGCGCCAGCGCUGACAGUUUCACUUUCUACGGCGGGACGCGCACGAUGACUCCCGUUAAACAUAUUCGGAUAUGCGCAGUGCUCUGGCUGGCGCUCGCAGCCGCCUGCGCAGCGGAGGGCGACAACAGCACCGCCACCACCAAGGCCAUCCGCACCACCAUCCUGCCGUCGCGGACCACGCGCACCGAGCUCAAGGUCUCCCGCAGCCUCAACCCUCACGAGACACAAACCCUCAACGUCAAAACCAGACAAGGACACGUCACACAGCUAAUCGUCAAGAAAAAAGACGCCAAGUCGACCACGCACCAGUCCAGCACCACGGCGGUGCCCACCACUGUCGCUUUGAAAACUACAACCGCCAAAGUCAAUUCCACCACAGAUGAGGCCAAGAACAAAACCGAAACGAGAGAUCAGCGAAAACUGAACUUCGUUGGCCCCAUCAACAGCGACUUGGCUGGCUACGAUUACUACUCAAAUCGCAAGAACACAGAAGAAUUCAGUGACAUAAAAGCGGAAUACGGAAACUGGUCGCCCGUAUCGGUAUACCCCGAAUCCCACAUUCAGGAAGACGGUAAAAAACCUGACACUGAUCCAGAAACAUCUAACUACUACCCCACUUAUGAUAACGAAAAAAGAACGGAAAACAAAAAAGUAUACAUCACCUCAACCAGCUACUUGGAUUACGGAGGUCCGGUCAAAAACUACAGAUUCGACCCUCAUAAUCCAGUGAUCAAAAAUGAUAGGAACCCCGUAUACAUAGAAGUCGUCAGUACGAAGGUGGCUGACGAGGGAAAGUCGUUUAAGAUCCCCGACCCGGUCGUGAUAAGUUCAGAACCAAUGUAUAUCAAGAAAGCAGUGGAUAAGUACAACAGCAAACGCGGAAGGUCAAUUUUGACCUUAGGAGAUGAUGGUAUUCCUGAAAUUCAGGGUGUAAGAAUGCCAGAUGAUGAGUCUGAUAAAAAAACUUGGCGAAACGCGCGUGUGGUGAACGGAGAACUACAGCCAUACCCUGAGGGCUACACUCCUCCGAAGGCGAUCCCAGAAGCCGAUGUUUACCCGGACUUAUCCUCCUCUGAGCCUGCUAACAGCUUCGGACCUUUCACCAAAGAUGACAAUUUUGAACCCAAAGACGGACCUUUUACUAAAUUCGAUAACUUGAAAUUUGAUGCCGACGUCAUAAAUGACGAUUAUGACAUCUACACCGCAAAUCCAUCGUUUGUUCACAAUCAGAGGUUCGAUAAACAGAAGUCCGGGUACGGUCCUUUCACUAAAGCCGACAAUUCGAAAGUUGCCAACUCGAAACUUAUCGAAUACAUAAAACAAAUAAACGAACAAGAAUUGAAACGAGACUACUUCAGCGGCCGAAGCUCCAGGGCUCACAACGGCGACAUGGAGUACGCCGAGAGCCACAUCCAGCGCCGCAUGCUGCAGCACCCUGGAGAGGCCAACUUCCCCAACUCCGUCAUGUAUACUCCCAAGAACGCGAAACCCGGCUUCGAUGAAAGCGUAAGAAAUCCAGUUUUACAAUACGCCCACCCAGAACUAGGCGUUCAGCCUGCGAAGGCAACGCGAGAUAACAUCGACCCCUAUGAAAACAAAGACCGGAAAAUCAAAUACUACAGCAGCGUACCGAAGAGUGCUCAUCCCUACCCUAUGGAACCUAUCAACGGAUACGGCCAGCAACGCUCGCAGAGCCCUAACUCAAACAGAUACUACGAAGACGAAUACAAAAAGUUUUCUUACUACGAAAACAACCACAGCCCUAACCACUACCCCUACAGCUACGGUUACAUAAAACGGACACCCGAACCAUCUCUCUGGAAGCGAUUCACUGACUCCAUGAAGGAUACUAUCAACUCGGCCAGUCAAACCGUUCAACAAUUCACGAAGCCCAUAAUUGACCCUAUCGCUAAAGUGACACAACCUGUCUUCGACCCCUUGGUAGAGGCAACUCAAAAGAUCACCCACAAUCUGGGUCUGUAUCCGUCCAACUCCAUUCAAACCCAGAGGUAUGCCCAAGAUAAGGUUGGUGUUGCUGCCGUGGCAUCCGGGGCUCCUGCCAUGCUUCCAGCGAUCGGGCUGAUGGCCGGCGGAGCGGCUCUCGGUCUAGGGGCAGUGGCCAUGGGUAGAUUACUGGAUGUCAAUUUAAUGCGCACAGCUGGUCUAACAGAUGGUGACAUUCAAGAUGAAAUCGAAAAGGAACACAAGAGAUCUUUCAUUGGUGCUCCUUAUGACAUUGACAGGAAAAUAUUGAGCACGCAGAAAAUAUACGAUGACAACUACAAGAUGCCGAGUGAGAAUGUGUAUGUUGUCAUGUCGCCCGACGGUAGCGUGGGAGGCAGGUCAAAGCGAGACGUAUCAGCAUACGUUCAGGAGCCACACUACGAGGGAGCCGUUUUGAGGCGAGUAAAAAGGAGGCACAUGGCCAAGAGGUCGUUGGAUCAAGACAUGCCCGAAGAGUUGCAGCACUUGGACGGCAGCCAGGCGCCGUCGUCGCUCACGUCCGCCGCGAUGGACCUCGUGAAGCAGACGGAUUGGCGAGACUCCCAGUGCGCCAAGUUUACGUUCUGCAAAGUGCUGACGUCGCAGUCGUCGGAUUCCAUCUUUGCCAUGGAAAAGAAAAUGGAGUCACUACUCAAGUUGAUCUCCCGCGGCAACAGCGGCAGCGCGGCGCUGGUGGCGCACCACCUGGGUGACGUCAUGGCGGCCAGCCGCGACCACGACUGCGCGCGAUUCGCGUGCCGCCUGCAGUGAUCAGCCAUCUUGCGAUGUUCGGCCCAAUCGCGCUGAUCGCAAGCCACCUUAAUGUGGCAACUUAGAUCCAAGACUUAGCUUUGAAUCUUGCUGUACUAGCAUUGACCCCAUGAUGUUGCGUCUUUGAUUUUGAUUGAUUUACUUGCACUCUUUUCGUUUAUUUCGGAUUAGUAUAUCUUCUGGCUAAGAUAUGAUAUGACAUUAUCGUUACAUAAACUGAUAGGUUAGGAAUCAUUUACAUCCAGAAGUUGGGACUAAUACUAGAAAGAAAGAUGUGCAAGUAGUCCAUCAACUUUUGCUUAUUGCUAUCUUCAAGAUUGGUAAAUGCAGGGUCGCAACAUCAAGCUUAAUAAUUCAGUCAAGAAACCCACAAAAAAUCAAGAAUUCCAAGCCGAAAAAGACUUUUAAAUAUGUGCCUUUAAGGACUUUACCAUGAAAAUACGAUUUACCUUAUUCCCCAAAAUACCUGUUAUUCCUACGAGAUGUGUUUUUACAGCAAAUGCUCAUUAAAACAUUUUAUUUAUUAAAGAAAUGUUAAGCAAUUGCUGCAAUGAACCUGAGUCUCAUCAGUCCUAGUCAAUGCAAAUUAUAACUUGUAUUGACAUCACUGAUUUAAUGGUUGUAUCCUUAAUGUAGUAGUUUUGAGAAUGCUUUAUGUGUCUCAAAACGCGGUAUUUUCUAGUUAUUAGUGAGUAACAGUGGCAUGACGAUAGACGAGGGAAUAAUAAUGUACAACAUAAUACCUAAAUGUUGAGAUGGAUCGACUGGAUGCAUCUCUUACAUUUAGCAAUACGUGUAAGAAUAUGACAGGUAUAGAGGCGAUUUUUGAAUGUCACACGCAACCGAAAACUUAAAAGCGUUUACGAAUCUUUAGAUUUCCUGUACGGCAAUGAAAAUGAUUCGUAUACGAGUUUCAAUAGUUUUCGGUGGAAUUCAAAAAUCGACUCCCAAAUCCCAUCUCGAGUUAUUUACAUUAGAGACCGUCGCGAGGUCGAAGUAGUUGUUACAAUAAAACAGCUGAGGCGUUUCCCAGUGAGAUGACCGAGUGAUUUUAUAAAAUAAUAUUUAUUCUUUAGCCUAUAAGCCUAUGAUUAAGUUAUAUUUGAUUUCAGGGUGAAUUGUUACGGUAAAUACUUUGUUAUUAAUAUUUAAAUUCUAUAGCAAAGUGCCAGGAACAUAAUUCAAGAUUUUUGUCUUUAUAUUUUUGUACUUUUAUACAAUUUGUCUUAAGUUAUCAAAUCAUAAUAGAACAUUAAUCUUUCAAACCAAUAAAAUAUGUAGAUAUUAGAUUCCAAUAUUACCCGAAACUCAAGUUAUCACCCUGCAACUUAAUUUUUGUAUUUAUUGUUACCAAAUAAUAUUUAUACAACCGCAUUACUGUUUGAAUUUCAUAAUUUUAUUUAUCGUUCUAUGAAUAGGUAAAUUUAUUUUAAUUUAUUAUAAUUCUGUACUUAUAAAACUUUCUCACGCAAAGUUCUUGUAUUUCUUUACGGAUGUUAUAAAUCUAUAUUCAAGCUAGAAAGUAAAUUCAAUGAAUUAUUACUAUAGAUUCGAGUAAACUAUUUUAAUAGGUAUUUAUUUAAAUUAUAUUAGACCGCCGUGAUAAGUUGUAAAUAUGCUUCGAUGAAAAUGUAAAUUAUUUAUUUAUUAUUACAAUAAAACAAUUAAAAUUAAA